AUGCCUCUCUACGGUAUGCAACCCGCUCCAGGGUUCGCAGGAUUCUCGGUAAGUUAUUUAAGUCUCUGUGGGCUUCUCUUUGGAGGAGAUGUCCUCGCAUGUGAUAGUAACUUCUAGCAUAUGUAAUGUACAGUCUCCAUUUUUUACAGCCAGAAUGUGUUUUUAUUUAUUUUCCUUUCUCUCGAUAUACAGAAUAGGGACCUUUAGCUAGCAGGACGGGGACCGCUAUUAAUACAAUGAAAUUUAUGACAGCGUAGAAAGAAAAUGCAUAAUUAAAGGUCCCAUGGGAGUUUUAGACGUCGUCCUUGCUCUGUUUACAACAGCAAACCAAAGAUUUUCACGUUUUGUAUACAACGUCUGCCUUUCAAGCCGCGAGAAGUCGGUCCUCGCCAAAUUGACUUAGUAGAAGUCUUCUCAACUAUAAACCUCUGUCUUAACCUUCUUAAAUUGCAAUAAAUUCAUACAACGGAUAAUACAAGACAUGUUGAUCUUAAAGUUACUUAUUCGAACGAGUUUAUUUUGGCCGUCGUCGUCGCGUUGCUGUCACCUAUUUGCUAAAGGUCCCUAAUAUCGACACGACGACAGCUUGAUAACUUUUUUGCCGAACUCAUUUUUCGACAUUUCAAAACGUUUUUAAAAAUUUGAACUUAUUUUCUUCUUUUUUUAAUACACUCUUCAUCUUAAGACAAUUUAAAAAUUUCGUUUGAAGGAUGAAAAAGAAUGAUUUAAAACCAUACGCAAGUUAAGAAAUAAUAUUGCCUAUAUCACAUGAUUGAGUUAGGCAAAAAUCUUAUUAGGGGUACAGAACAUCUGGCUCUGGAGACUUGAUUUUGGCUAAAACCUCAGGGGACAGUUGUUCAAUGCUGGGUUAGUUUAACCCUGGGUGAACCUAAAAUUCAAAGCAAACUUCCUGACAGCUUGUUUAUAAAUUUGGAAAUAUUUCUUCAGAAAUCUUGUCAGGAUCAAUAGGAGUUCUCUUUUCUGAAGUUUUGAAAUAAACAGAUGUGCAGAAAUACAUGAACUAAAACAGCAGGUUACAUUUUAACCCAGGGUUAGCGCUAACCCACCUUUGAACAACCGGCCCCAGAUUGUUAGGAACAAAAGUUAUAGUAAGCUGUGAAUAUAUGUAUUUUGACUGCCUUUUCGAAUUUUAGCCAUUAGGCUAUCCUGUGGACGAUAUACAGAUGAUUCAACGAAUGCAAAUGCAGGUAAAUAGAUUGUUGUUUUCUACAUAUACAGUAUGAUGGCAUUCUCUUCCAUUAUGUCUGCGAUCCAACGAUGGCAAUGUAAACAGUGUAAACGUAUCACAAUGGACCUUUCCCCUUAUAACUAAAAUUUCGAUCUAGAUAAAAAUGUCAUCAUAGCUUGAAAGAGAAUCACAAAAUUAGUAAUAUUCCAAAGUUUUGUUGCAAAAUCUUGUAAAAUGCGGAUAAUAUAGCCUUGCGAAGUUUGCCGUUUUUCAGUCAUUUUGUAUUACAAACGGGAAAUUGACAUCCGAUUCGGGUGUUGGGGCUGCAAUUUCCCGUUUGUAAUGCAAAAUGACUGAAAACUUCGCAAGGCUCUAUUUUCCUCAUUUUACAACAUUUCGCAACGAAACUUUGGAAUAUUACUAAUUUUGUGAUGCUCUUUCAAGCUGUGAUGAAAUAUUUGUCUAGACUUGCCUAGAUCAAAAUUUUGGUUAUAAGGGGAAAGGUCUAUUACCUUGGCUUGGUGUUGGCCGGGACAAGGCUCGCAGUCUAAACAUGACUUUUAGUUUAUUUUAUUCUCAUAAAGCUUAUUAAUGACAGCAUUUUUAACAUCAAUAUUUAGCCUCCCUACCAUUAUGAUAUGUCGUUCCCUGUCACCGGACGUGAUGGUGUACAGAACUCGUUUUCAGGUAAGCAUACUUUUUAAAACACUGUAUUAGGUCACUACUAUAAAUUUUGUGUGCAUCAUAUCAUACUAAAGCACAGGGUUGGAUUCAGCCAUAUCUGUUAGGGGAGACUGCCCAUCGAGCUUUGGUCAUAGUUGACAAUUUAUCGAUCAUGUCACUAUAUAAUUUUCUCUUUACUUUUGUUUUUGUAAUUGCCUUUCCAAAUGCAAAAAUGGAUUGGAUAAGGAAAUUGGCACCACAUUUGCCAAGGCCAAGAGGGAAAACACGUUGUUUUAUAUUUCGUUCCAUAGUGACUUUAAAACGAUAACUUGUUCCCAACUUGCUCCAGGACAAACACAUCAACACAGCACUAAUCACGUUGUUUAUUCAUCAGGUACUGAUGUCAAGUAUAACAGGAACGACACAUCCUCACCAGUACCUUCGACUCUUACCGCUGGACCUCAUGGACAGCAAGCUCCGUUUAUGAACACGCAUGCGCAAUUACAUCCGUUUGGCUACGCGGGUAACCUGGCCUUCUAUCAUGGCGGUGGAAUGAUCGGAGGUUUUGCAGCUCCUUACACGACACAGAUGUACCAAGUACGCAAGUUGUGAUUAUUUUGAAAAUUAUUCCCCCAUAUUCUCUUCUUCGUACGAUGACUCGUAUAUUGGGUGAUUGCGAUGUGGUCUACAACACUAAGUUCAUUGGUUCCUCUAUUUCUUAUAGCUACCUACGAAAGGUCCAGGCGUAACAACUCAAUUUCAACAAAAUUUUGCUAAUCAGCUUGGUCCGCAUUAUACUUCAGGUAAAAUCCCCCAUAGCUUUGUUAUGGAUACUGUAUUGCGAUAACAUUCUGUAUUCCUUUCUUAUAUAUUUUAUACGAUGAUUUCUGGACAUAGCCAUGGUCCAUGGACAGCAUUGUAUGUGAUUAUUUUUGUGCUAAAUCUACAUGUGCAUAACAUAGUGUUCUAGCUGACCAUAGUUUUAAAUUCAAGGAAUAAUGUCUGUCAACCAUAUGUUGUUGCGCCCAUAGUGGACAUGGGUGCUAAGGUUUCCUUCAACUUUUCAAUAGCAAUGCGCAAAUCUUCAUUCAAACGAAUUUCCUGCAGCUGUUUAACAUUUCCUGCGAGCAGUGCUCGCCUUCUUUCCCACUCCUGUUUCAGAUGCUUAGUGAAUAUCAAACUAGAUUUUUUUAUAUCUUCUGCAUGAAGAUUGUUCUAAAAUCAAUUAAUCUAUGUUAAGGUUACGAUGGUUUGUCCAACGCACAUGACUUUGGGAAACAAGGAUAUCAACAUCCUGCACAAAGUAAAGCAAAUCCAGGUGAGAAGAUGCGGUUGAUGAAGGUUCUUUCGCUGGCCUCAGAGUGACGAAACUUAACCUAACCCUACUCCAAGUUUGUUUCUAAACCUUUCUUUUCCUUGAAGAAAAACGUUUUGACGAAAUGUCAUUCUGAGGUCAGCGAAUUAAGUCCAGACGAUGAUGGAAAUUGAACUCUCAUCAUUCUUAAACUAUAGCUAGCUUUAAAAUCUCUUCGUGACUGUUUUCUUUAUACGAUCACUAUGACAAACCGCAAACGUCCUGAAAUUUUAUUUUCAUUCUAGUGAGUGGAAGUACAGCGAGCAAUAGCGCGUCAGAUUUAUCAACGUAUAAGACACAGGUGAGUUAUAUUGUACGAAAUACGAAUCAGCUUAGACAUAGAGAUUAAAUAUUUAAGGACUGGAUAAAGUGUCAUCGAGUUCUAGGACUGGUUAAGCUUGAUAAAGUGCUAGGACCGGAUGAGCUUGAUCAUAGACAAUGUCUUCUGGAUUGUCUAUGGCUUGAUCAAGUUCUAGGACUGGGUGAAGUUUUAUUAAGUCUUAGGACUGAAUGAAGUUUUCAUCAAAUCUUAGGACUGAAGGAAGUUUGAUUAAGUCCUAGGACUGGACGAAGUUUGAUCAAGUCUUAGGACUGAAGGAAGUUUGAUAAUGUUGAUCAAGUUCUAGGACUGGAUGAAGUUUGAUCAAGUGCUAGGACUGGAUGAAGUUGGAUUAAGUCCUAGGACUGGAUGAAGUUUGAUCAAGUUCUAGGGCUGGAUGAAGUUUGAUCAAGUCCUAGGGCUGGAUGAAGUUUGAUGAAGUUUGAUCGAUGUCAUAUUUUAUCCAAAUAUAGUUCGCCGACAAAGGUUAUUUGAGUGGAACCCCACCGCCAUUGAAUAUAUCAUUACCAGGGCAAGGCCAUCAACAUCAUCCUGCCGGCUUCCCCCUGAUGCCUGUCUUAGCACCAACCCAACACCCCCCGUCGCUAUUCGCGAGUCAUCACCUCUCGCAUCAACAACAACUGGACAGCCUGAACCAAAACCGGGGGGCGCAGAACCAAGGCAAGGUUUCACAGAACAAGUCUCAUCAUGGUCAAUCGAUAUACCCUCAGCAAUAUUGGUCUGGAACAAAUUGAGGACCUCCCCUCCUGGAGUAUAUGCCUCGUGAACUGGAACCCCAAUUAAACAUUUUUGUGGUGUGUGUGGUUUGAAUUUUAUGGUCUCCCCCUCGGCUGUUUCUGUCGUGUUAAAUAUUGCUAGAUGAACAAAAGAUGUGUAAAUUAUAUAUUAAUGUAAAUUUUCCAUUUGUCUACGAGUAAUUUAGUAUUGCAAUGCAGUAAAUAUGCAAUAUGUCUAUUAACAAAGUGUGUGUGUUUUCGUGCCGUUUUUCUGUUGGAUUCUGUAUUAAAAAAGAGACACCUGGAACUUAUUAAAGACGAAUGCAGAGUACAUAUCUUCGCACUAAAAAAAGAUGCAAAAAUAAAAUAAUUCGAAUGACGCCUUUUGUGCAUUGUUGUUGUGUUUUAUAGUAAUUUAAAAACUCAUUAAUAAUUCUUGAGGAAAAUACAAAAGGAAUCAUUGCCAUGUUGGUGUGAGAUAAAAAAUCAUGUUCAUGUAGACAACGUUUAGUUCUAAAAUUACUUCGCCAAUGAACUCAUCAGAUGGAUCGUUUUAUAACCCAUUAUACUGUAUGUGACAAAGCACUCUUGCUCGUGUUUUAAAUAAUACAUAACAGUGGUAACGGUACUGCAAGGAUUUGCAUAUAUGUCAAGUUCAAUACUUGCAUAUAUGUCAAGACUCCAGCUUUAGGAGUCGAUCUCCAGCUGAGCAGGCAAAAUCUCCAGCUGAACAAGAAAUUCUCUGCUAAGUCCUAUUUGCUUUAUUAUCUGGGUUGUCCAAGGAUGUUGUGCCUGGCUACAUUGAGCAAAGUUUUUCAACUAUGGAGAGUGGAAUGUCAAUGGAUUUCCUCAGCAUGUUUGCUAGUGAUGUCUGAAAUAUUAUAAUCCAUAAAAAUGAAAUAAAAUAUGAUUAAUACUUUUAAAAUUCAAAAUAGUUUAUAUUUGCGACCAUUUCUUACCAUAAAAAAUUGUCAUCGAAACAUCAGUAUAAAUGACAUCAGAAUGCAGGAAAAGCAAUCUCAAAGAUUAAUUCAGAUUUAAACAUUGUCGACGUAUUCACUAAAGCUAACCAGCGCAUGCUGUAACUUCAGUUAUAAUAGAUUUCGGUUGCGCAUCGAGAAAUUAAAGUUCCAAGAAUUUUGUGCGGGAUCAUGCCCCGUCUACAAACGUAAAAACGCACAAGUUGUUACAAAUCUGUUCAAAAGCUGUCGACAAGUUGUCUUCGCUGCACUACUUGUUCCCAGUUGUUGAAACAAGUUUGGAACAAGCUGUUAACAACUUGUAACAAGCUUGAUGACAUCAGACUUGUUACAAGGUUGUUCUAACAAGUCUGAUACAGUCAUGAUAUAUAACAAGAAUGUUACAAGGUUGACGACACAAGGUUGUAACAAUAUUUAUUAAAUAUCAGCAAGGUUGUUACAAGUUGUUAACAGUUUGUUCCAAACUUAUUGACAACUUGGGACAAGCAGUGCGAAGACAACUUGUUGACGGCUUGUUACAAGACGCGAGACUUACGCGUGUGUAGAAGGCUCGCGCCUUCAGCGCUCAUUCGAUAAAACCUCCACCCAGCAUGUCACUAACUACUUGUAACAAUAACAGCUUACCAACAGUAUUUGGGGGGGGGGGGGUUAACCCCUCCCAAGAAAAUGGAUAAGAUUCCAAGUUCUGAAGUUUAGAAGAAUUGUGCAAGUUUAGAGAAAAAUUUCUGGAAAGAUGAACGAAAACCGGUGUCAAAAUUUGUGUCAUAGCUUUGCCUAAAAUACAUUUACAGUGGUGGACCAUGAGCCAAUAAUAUCAUUUGUAAAGUCGGAGGCAAUGUCUUUUUAAUGCAACGGCAAUAGGAAAUUAUUCUUUUGCAUUGGCGUAGCGGGGAAGAAAAAUGGGAAGGGUCUGGGAAGGGCGGACACUGGACACCACUUUGCCCGACGAAGUGGGAAAUUGCCCAUCCUCGUUCCCAGGGCUUCCCUGGAAACGAGGAUGGAAAUUGCCCGACUUUCAAUAUCAAAGAAUGAAUAUCCAGUACGAGUUUUCAAGAUGUCAAACAGCAUCAAAUGCACAACAAGUUAUUGUAUUAUUCCGUUCACUUUUAUUCUAAUUUGAAUUUUGAACGUGAAAUUUUCCAGAGUCAACGAUGGCUCUGGGUACGAGAUUGGAGUGUGAUAUGCGCGUUGCGUAUGUAGGGUGGCAUGGGACCUAUUCUCCCAUGAUGCAAUGCGUGCCAAGCGGCCAAAUUUUUCCCAUGAUGCACGAGGAACUUGGUGUUUUCUGAAAUUCUGCAAGAGAAAAGAAGUACCGCCGAAGAUUUUCCUCCAAAUUUUAAACUUUUUUGGCCUGAUAAACCCGGUAAUUCCCUCUAACUAUAUCAUUUAUACGCUCCUAGACUUAUAUUUCUGUAUUAUGAGUGAAAUUUGUGUUUCGUUGCGUGUUAAUUUUCCUUCUAAAUGCUUGACAAUAUUUGGGUUUCGCUUUGGGAUUUGGCGCAUGGAGGCGACACGCGGUGUUGGUCUGGGAUUUGUCGUUUGUAUUCUAGUGUAAUAGGCACAGUGUUAGCUUAGUUAUUCGUCAGGAAGGUAAAGUAGAUAAAUGGCAAGUUUUGGGUGGGGGAAUUUCUUGAUAUUUUGUGAAAAAAAAUUUUUGUAUCUCCACUCUGAAAAUGAAUUAUAUUUGGAAACGUUUUUGGAUUUUCAUUUAUCAUAUAAACGGAAAAUCUUGAUUUAAUUGAAUUAUAGUUCUUUAGGUAGGGUAAUAGAAGUACUUUUUGGUUAGAUGUGCAGGUAGUAUGCAGAGCAUGACAGCAUAGCAGGAUUAAUAAUUUUAUGCAGAGCUCGGCAAGACUUUAAUACUUUCUGUGCUUGUACAAAAAGUAGGGAUGUGCCGGAUACCGUUUUGCCGGAUACUGGAUAGUAAUCUACGGGAUAAUAACCGGAUAAUGAUGGUGGGAAUUGGACAAUAUGUCACUAACUUUUGUCGUAAAAUAGUCCAUUGUCUGUUUAGUAUGUGGACAUCACAAAAAAACUUGACUGUAAUUUCGUUUUAAUGUGUCACAUGUCGGGUAGACCAGUUUGUAUUUAACAAUAUCUUAACGCAAAAUAGACGGUUUUGUGGUUAUAAUAAAAGUGCCAGUACUAUCUGGUAAUAUAUCCUGGCAAAUUUAUACCAAAUAGUACCAGAUGUCUAUAUUUUGCUGGUAUCCGGAUCCAGCACAUCCCGUACAAAAAGGCCAGCCAUGUUACCAUACAUGCCUUAACUCAUCGCUUGCUUUGAACACAUAAAAUGGCUUAGCCUAGGAUAUGCAUUUUAGGCAGGCACAUGUUGAAAAAAUUUGCAUGUUAUUGAUUGGGAGCUGCUUCAGCAUCGGUCGCAACAACAAAAAUGUGCACCCAGGCUGGCCUGUUAAAAGCAAGACAAACCAGUAAACAAGAUGAAUUUCCAUACCAAUUGUCACAUGUUUCACUAGAUUUUAGGAGUGUUGAUCCCAUUUUCAGAAUACUUCUAGAUGGGUCAUUAAUUUGCAUUCAUUUUCAUUUGAAGUGUUUGGUAAUUUGAUCACCAUGGCAACCAGUGAAUUAGCACCGCCGGUACCACCAGUUGGAGAAAGUGCACCACCACAUG